AGUUCCAUUUUUAUUAAUAUGAGGAUUUUGAAUUUGAUUUGAUUGUGACACUUUGCAAAUCUUUGACUCUUGUUACCUUAGAUUUGUAUACUUGUAAAAAGAAACAAACAAAUUGUUUUGUUUUCUUAGAUUUAUUACUGUUUAAAAAUAAAAAUAAAAAGCCUGUUUUGGUGGACACAUAAAUCAAGGGGAAAACUUUUAAGGAUUUUUGUUUCAUUUCAACCACCCAUACUUACCCUUUUGUUCAGACCCUUUAAUAUUUUUUGUUUCUUUUUUAUUUUUGAUGAAUCAUUUCAAGAAGACCCAAUUAUUGGUUGCUUUUUUACAGAAUGGGAUGAAUUAAUCAAGCUUUUUUGGUACAAAAAUCUCAUCUUGGGUCGUCAAGAGAACUAGAAGAUCAAAUUUGAGGAGGAUAUAUAUUGUUGUCAACGCAUAGUAGUUUAUAUAAAAAUCAUGGCUCCCGGAGGCAGCAAUUACCAGGAUAUUGGUGAUUCCCGAAGUGCAUAUUCCGACUAUGGUAUUGCACCAGAAAGUGCUGAAUUCAAAAACUCCCCUUUUAGAAAAUCCACGGCUGUUAUCAGUGGGAAGCAUGGAGCGGGAUCUAAUAGUGCUGUUCAUGAACUACUUGAAUGCCCUGUGUGUAUGAAUCCAAUGUACCCGCCAAUUCACCAGUGUCCAAACGGCCACACAUUAUGCGUGAAGUGCAAGUCGAAAGUACAUGUAUGUCCAAUUUGCCGCCAUGAGCUUGGAAACAUAAGAUGUCUAGCACUGGAGAAAAUUGCCGAGUCACUAGAAUUGCCAUGCCGAUACCAAAUUUUUGGCUGUCAAGAUAUAUUCACUUAUCAUACUAGGCUUCGACAUGAGCAGAACUGCAGAUUUCGACCGUAUAAUUGCCCAUAUGCAGGAUCUGAAUGCGCUGUUACUGGUGAUAUUCCGUACCUCGUUGCACACUUAAAAGAUGAUCACAAAGUUGACAUGCAUGAUGGGUGUACCUUCAAUCAUCGUUAUGUCAAAUCUAAUCCUCAAGAAGUUGAGAAUGCUACAUGGAUGUUGACGGUUUUCAAUUGUUUCGGUCACCAGUUUUGCCUGCACUUUGAGGCUUUCAACCUUGGAUUGGCACCGGUAUACAUGGCAUUCCUUCGUUUUAUGGGCGAUGACGAUGAUGCAAAAAGAUUUAGUUAUAGUCUUGAAGUAGGUGGAUUUGGCAGAAAGUUAACAUGGCAAGGAGUACCGAGGAGUAUCCGUGAUAGUCAUAAAACUGUCCGAGACAGUUUAGACGGGCUGAUUAUUCAGAGGAGUAUGGCGCUUUUCUUCUCUGGUGGUGACAGGAAGGAGCUGAAGCUAAAAGUAGCUGGGCGUAUUUGGCGAGAGCCAUUGUAAACUAGAAGUAUAGUUAGUAAUCGCUGAUUGGUUGGUGGCUUAAUUUUUUUUUCGUGUUUCUUGUAAAUGGUUAUUGCAAAAUCUACUGAUGGUUCUAUACAGUUACUCGUUUUUGGAUCGAUCGAUUUGUAUCGAGAGUAGUUUAGCUCAAGUGUGUACCAUGUAUCUAAAGUUGUGAUGCAUUUAGGCUUUUCUGACCAGCCAUAUGAUAAUCUAUCUGGUAGUUAGUCA